AUGUCAACCAAUUAUUCAUCAUCAAGUGAAGAUGAAGGUUUUAGUCCAAAUUCUCAAAAUAGAUUCAGAGUUCAACUACCUCAACAACAAUUAAAUCUUAAUGAAGUAAGGAAACAAAAUCAAAGAAAAGAUAAUUCAAAAUUUACAAAGCAAACAAGUUCAAAUUUUAUAAAAGUUUCAAAUAAAUUAAACAAUAAGAAGAAUGUAAAGUUUCCAGACUCGUAUACUCCAAAAGAUCCAAGAUCAUCAUUAAAUAUGUCAAAAUCUUCACAAAUAUCAUCAGAUGAUGAAGAUUAUGAUGAAGGUGGAAUGAGUUAUUCAGAUUUAGAAGGUAAUUCAGGUAUGAAUACUCCAAGAUUUACUCAACAACAACAACAACAAUUUCAACAGAAUUUACCACAAUUCCAAUUCAACGCUGAUGAAAUUAGAAAAAAUCAACAACCUAUGUUGGAUAGUUCAGAAGAUGAUGAAGAUUAUGAUUAUAAUGAUGAAACUCAUACUGAUUUUACAAAAAUGAAUCCACCACAACAUUUUUAUCAUACUGAUUCUUCUGAAGAUGAACAUCAACCACCAACUGAAAGACCAUUACCUAGUUCUAUACAACCUGAAGUCUCUCCACAACAUCAACAACAACAACAACCACAUGAUAAUCCACUCCAUAAAACAAAAUCAACAUCAUCAAGAAAAUCUAUAACUUCAGAUCCAAGAAGAAAAUCAUCAAUGCAUUCUGUAAGAUCAAAUGAAAGUAAAAAAUCAUCAGGAGUAAGUGGAGGAAUUAAAGGAAUAUUACGAAAAAUGUCAUUAGCUGAUCAUAUUCCAUCAAGUGAUCAUGAUAUUGGAGGACAAAAUGAUUCAUUUUUAGGUCGAAUAUUCAAUACUGGAAAUACUGGAAUAUCAGGUGGGGGAUUAGCACCGGGAGCAAGUAGAAGAACUGCUGAUAUUCCAGAAGAUGAUGAAGAAAGAAAAGUAGGAUUUGCAGAACAUGAAAAUGAUAGAGAUGAAGCUAUAGAAAUGAGACCUAUUGCUAACUAUGAAGAACUUAGUGAGGAGGCCAAAAAAUUAAUUCAUCAACAUGUACCUGAAGCUAUGCUACAUUCAAGAGAUUCAAGUGUUGCUAAUAGUACUGAUAUUACACCCACUGUAAGUAAUGAAAAUUUAGAAAAAGAGGAAAAAAAGAAAGAUAAUGGUGAUGAAUCAUCAGAUAAUUCUGGCUCAACUAAGAGAAAAUCCUCAGAUGAUGAAAAAAGAGACAAUCCAUUUUAUACCCCUAAUCCUGAUUUAUUUAUAAGAGGUCAUGACGAUGAUCAACAAGAACAUGAAGAAAAUCAUGAAUUUUUACAAGAUAUUGGAGAUGAUUAUAUUGCUCGACCAAAACAUGUUCAAGCUGGUGUAUUAUCCUCACUACUCAAAUUAUAUCAAAAUCCAAAUGAAGGAAAAUCAGCAAGUUCAUUAAGUCAUACACCAACAAAUUUAAGUGACGAGUAUAGUAUGCAUUCAAGACCUACAUCCCAUCUUGAUUUCCAUAAGAUAAAAACAGGAAUGCACGAUGUUAAAACCGGUGUUCAAAAGGGAAUGAAAGGUGAAAUGAAUAAAGCUCACAUUAUGAAAGGUAAAAUGUUUUCAAAAGCUAAAAACCUCAAAAGUCAUUCAUUUGAUAAAGAGUUAGAUCAAGAAGAAGCAUCAAAUAGUGAAUUUGACGAACUGGGAGGUGGGGAAAAAUUUACCAACGAGGCAUUACCUUCUUUUCAUAAUGCUAAACCUAAGAUGCCUAAAAAGAGACAAACUGAAGCAAGUAACAUCAAACUCAAAAAAUUAAAACACAACAGAAAAGCAGAAAGGUUAAGAAUUACAGUCCAUAUAGCAGAUAUUUUACAACGUCAAAGAUUUAUAAUGAAUAUGUGUAAAGCUUUAAUGAUGUUUGGAGCUCCAACACAUAGAUUAGAAGAGUAUAUGAUUAUGACUUCAAGAGUAUUGGAAAUUGAUGGACAAUUUAUUUAUUUCCCUGGAUGUAUGUUAACUUCAUUUGGUGAUGCAGCCACUAGAACCUCUGAAGUUCAUUUAGUUAGGUGUGCUCAAGGUUUAAACUUGGGAAAAUUAGCUGAUACUCAUAAGAUUUAUAAAGCUGUUAUACAUGAUUUGAUUGGGGUUGAAGAAGCUAGUAAGAAAUUAGAUGAAUUAUUAAAGGAAAAAAAUAAGUUCCCACCUUGGUUAUGUGUAUUUUUUUACGGUUUAGGAUCAUUAGCAGUUACACCUUUUGCAUUUGAUGGUGGAUGGAUAGAUUUACCUAUUAGUUUUGGUGUUGGGUUAUGUGUUGGAUAUUUACAAUUUUAUUUGAGUUCAAUGUCUCAUUUGUAUUCAUCUGUGUUUGAAGUUAGUGCAGCUAUAGUUGUUGCUUUUAUAUCUAGAGGUAUUGGAUCUAUACGUGGUGGUAAAUUAUUUUGUUUUAGUGCUAUUACUCAAGGUUCUUUAGCAUUGAUUCUUCCUGGGUAUAUUAUCUUGUGUGGGUCUUUGGAAUUACAAUCUAGAAACUUAGUAGCUGGAUCAGUUCGUAUGUUUUAUGCUAUUAUUUAUUCGUUAUUUUUAGGUUUUGGAAUUACUUUAGGUAGUGCAUUAUAUGGAUGGGUUGAUCAUAAUGCAACAUCACAAAAUUCAUGUUUAGCGGGUCAUUCAAUGAAUGAUAAAUUUAGAAUAUUAUUUGUUCCAUUAUUUGCGAUAUGUUUAGGAUUAAUCAAUCAAGCUAAAUUUAAACAAUUACCUAUAAUGACUGUUAUUGCAUGUGUUGGAUAUAUUGGAACUUAUUUUGCAGGAAAACAUUUCAGUUCAGUAACUGAAUUUACUGCAUGUAUUGGUGCUUUUAUCGUUGGGAUUUUAGGUAAUUUAUAUUCAAGAAUAUGGAAAGGUAUGGCUGUAUCUGCAAUGUUACCUGCUAUAUUUGUUCAAGUUCCUUCUGGUAUUGCUUCUAAAUCUACUUUGAUAUCUGGUUUACAACAAGCUGAUCAAAUUACUAAUAAGAACGGGACUCAAACUACUACUACUGUAGCUGAAGGAUCUAGUUUAAGUUUUGGUGCUACUAUGGUUGAAGUAUCUAUAGGAAUUAGUGUUGGAUUAUUUGCUGCUGCUUUAUUUGUUUAUCCUUUUGGUAAGAAAAGAACUGGGUUAUUUACUUUAUAA